UGCUUCAUGGGUGUAAUGGAUCUGAGAGCAAAGGAAUCAUUGGAUGCAAUGAAGAAGUUUUGUACUGAUUGCAAAACCACAAAGACCCCUCUUUGGAGAGGCGGCCCGGCUGGCCCCAAGUCACUAUGCAAUGCAUGUGGGAUAAAAUAUAGGAAGAAGAGAAGAGCAAUUUUGGGUUUGAACAAAAGUUUAGAGAAUAAGAAAGUGAAAUGGCGUUCAUCAUCUCCAUCUCCAUCGUCGUCCUCAUCCAGCACCAUCACAACAAGCUCUCCUAUUCUCACAAGUGAUAUUGAUGUUGAUGACAUGAAGCCCAGUGGCCUAUUCAAUGGGUUGGGGGAGCCAUUGGAGAUGGGAUUAAUUGCAUUGAGCAGCCAAGUUUUGUUGCGAAGUUCAUCAUUAACGUGGAUGGUAAAGAAGCAAAGGUGUCAAAGGAGAAGGAAGUUUGGAGAGGAAGAAGAAAAUGCUGCAGUUUCUUUAAUGGCUUUGUCCUACGGCUUAUUUCCUCUUUCGACGAAAUCCACUCUCGAAGAGGAACAGCAACAGGCAGCUCUUAUUCCUUUAUUGUGUUUCAUCAAACCCCAAAGCCCUCUUUUGUUUUAUUGGGUUGAAAUUUUAAUUGAGAAAGAGGGUGGUUUAGAAAUGGAUGCUGAUUCAUGGACUGCUCGUCUUUCUUCAGCAUCUAAGAGGUAUCAAUCGGCUCUUCAAUUACGAUCUGAUAUGAUUAUGGGGUUUGAAGAAAUAGAUGGAGAAGAUGAAAUAAGAGAGGAGUUUCGAUGCCCCUUCUGCUCAGAGUAUUUCGAAAUCGUUGGCUUGUGCUGUCACAUUGAUGAUGAGCAUCCGGUAGAAGCCAAAAAUGGGGUUUGUCCAGUCUGUGCAGUGAGGGUGGGUGUCGAUUUGGUUGCGCAUAUGACCCUAAAACAUGGAAAUAUAUUUAAGAUGCAGCGCAGGAGGAAAUCACGUAAAGGUGGAUCUCACUCGACACUUUCUCUUCUGAGGAAAGAGCUACGAGAAGGAAAUCUGCAGUCCCUCUUUGGGAGUUCUUAUAUGGUGUCUUCUUCCAAUUCAGCACCUGAUCCGUUGUUGUCUUCAUUUAUUUUACCCAUGGUUGAUGAGUUUGUUAGUGCCCAGCCUCAUUGUUCUCGCGAAACUAGAACUAAGAAAAGUUCAGACGCGAGUAAGUCUGAAAGAAAUGCGAAGUCAUCUCCCCUUUCAGUGAAGGAUCAGGAAGAGAAGACAAAAAGAUGUGAGUUCGUUCAAGGGCUUCUGUUGUCCACAAUUCCCAAUGAUAUUUUAUAAA